AUGUCUGUGGCUUGGUUGUCCACCGAGGAUGCUAAUCCGGAGCCGAAGAGGGCUAGAGUUGAUAUCCAAUCGGCACUAAGUUUUUUGGAUGAGGAUAAUAUCAAAACCAUACAGCCUCAUAAUAAUGCUUUAGUGGUCAUGCUUAGGAUGGGGGGGUAUGACGUGAAGAGGGUGAUGGUGGACCAAUGCAGUGGCGCUGAGAUUAUGUAUCUUGACUUGUACAAGGGGCUAAACUUGAGACCCGAGGACUUAACAGUCUACGACUCUCCUUUGGCGAGUUUUGACGGAAAUGUUGUCGUUCCUAAGGGUCAGAUCAGACUACCCAUGCAGGCUGGUUCAGUAGUGGUAGAGGUGGACUUCAUCGUGGUGGACGCUUAUUCCCUCUACACGGCCAUUAUGGUCAGACCCUGGUUUCAUGCCCUAAGAGCUGUCUCUUCUACUUUGCACCAAAAGGUGAAAUAUCCAUCGAGGGGCCAAAUUGAAAAAAUUGUUGGGAGUCAGUCCUCGGCUAGGUAA